AUGGUGUGGCCAUUCAGCUCUACAGGCUCGAGCGCCUCUUCCUCAGGCAUCCGCGAUGCUCAGAACCCGAGCGGUGGAGCUGAGCCGGUGUGGUCAGCUUCCGAGCCUUCAUCAAGCAGCUCCACAGGCGCCGCCUACUCGACUCCGGCAUCGUCACAAGAUGCACCGAUGUCGUCGGGCGUAUCAGAAGGCACAGCUCCCGAGCCCGUUCGCAGGCCGACCACGCUGCUCUCCUUGACCAAUCCAGCAUACAUGUCUGCUAGGUAUCAAUUGGCAGGUCUGAGGAGCACGGAUCCUAACGAUCCCAAUACGCAACACAACAUCGAGUACCUAGAUAUUGCCGAUGGUGCGCCCAGCACAUUGGAAGGCGGAAGAACCGCGCUGCCGAGCAGAGGGUGGAGCGACGACCUUUGCUACGGCACUGGCACAACGUAUCUGAGCGGUGAGUGGCGAAGUACCUUUGCUGGCUAGCAAGUUCAUUCUCGCUGAUGACUCUCCCUUCCUUACGGGUCUGUAGGCUUGGCGCUAGGUGGUCUUUUAGGUGCACGGGAAGGACUGACUCGACCUCUAGGAGUGUCUAAUCCGACUUUCCGCUUGAGACUGAACGCUGUGCUCAACCAGGUCACACGGAGAGGAGCGUUCUUCGGCAACAGUGCUGGUGUCAUUGCUCUCAUCUACAACAUAUCCGAUGCAAUCAUCGAUAAGAGUAGGGGCAAGCAUGACAUGCUGGGCAGUGUGGCUGCUGGGGGUAUCAGUGGAGCUUUGUUCAAAGUUACAGGUGCGUCCAGUCCUCCGCAAUGGUGAGGGGGCAUCACGAACCUGCGCUGACUCCAACAGGUAUUGCCUAUCUCAUUCUUGCAUCGCAGCGGGCACCCGUGCGAUGGCCAUCUCUUCAGGACUCAUGAUGGGCGCGGCUGCAACGUGGACGGCAGCUAAGGCAGCAUUCUUGUGA